AUGAGCACGCGGGACAAUCAGGACGAUAGCUUUGAGCUGUACGACCUCAGAGUUGAGGUUGUCUGCCCGCCAGGAGAGCGCAUCCUCUGCGGGGCAAAGGCCGGCGACUUCUUUACCUUGGAGGGCGAGCUCCUGUCUCUUCCUCCAGGCCAGUCAAUAAGCAUCUACAGUCUCGCAUCGGUGCUUCCCCUUCUGCCCGCAAAGCAACGCGUCACGCAUAAGAAUGAUUGGAUGACGUCGGACGCACUCGUCGCGUGCCCCGACCCAUCGUGCCCAAGUAAACUCCGAAUUACAAGAACUGGUAUCCGCAGGUUUAGCCACGCAGAGACGACUUCAGUCGCGAAGUGUCUCGGAACGUGCAAAAGACGGUGGAACCCAGGCGUCGUGGAAUUCUACACCGAUUUUCUCCGAUCUCUACGCGCGAUGCUCGACAAGACGGAGAACGACACAGCCUAUGACAUUCACGGCCGCAAUCUCCUCGGCUUUCGUGACGACGACCAUGAGUCUUUUAGCAGUCAAAACCAGCCCUUUGAGCUAGAUGGACAGGUAGACGGCAUUUGGGCGGAUAUUGCCUCACAGCGCCGCGGCGACAACAAUGACCAGCCAUACGACUCCAUCAUCCUUAUCGGGCACUCUAUCGGUGCCUACAUUGUCGUCGAGACGUUCCACCGUCAAUCCAUUGACCCCAAAGCCGACCUCAACCUUAAGCAUGGCUUCCUGCUCUUUCCCACCAUUAGCUACAUUGCCCGUUCGCCGAGCGGCCUCAAGAUCACGGCCCUGCAGCAAAGCUCGUACCUCCCGGGUGUAGAGGAGAACUUGCAUCGCAUUGCCAAGGCUCUUGUUUAUUUUGUACCCCAGUCCACGCUGCAGUGGCUAUGGGGCAAUUACCUCGGUUUCAGCGCCGCAGCAGCGACAGCCCUCGCCGAGUGGCUCAAGAGCCGGGAUGGCUUGUGGCAAGCCAUCCACCUGGGUCGCUCGGAACUCAAAUCCGUCGUCAAAGACAAAUGGGAUGACACCUUGUGGGAUGCCACUCCCACGGCCGGCAGUGGUGAUGUUGCACCGAAAUUCUUCUUCUUCUACGGUAAGCACGAUCACUGGGUGGACAAUGACCUGCGCGACGCUUUCAUUGCGCGGCACGAAGCGCGUGGCGAUUCUCCCGGACGCCCAUCGCUCGAGGUUGAUACCGGGGAUAUUGCGCAUGCAUUUUGUACAAGAGAAGACACGAGCCUACAAGUCGCGGAAAAAGUCCAUAGCUGGGUUCAAACGAUUGAUGCGGCUCAUCAAACUCCCGUAAUACGUGGCUCCAAAGAGGAAGCAUCGGUCUCUUCGCACAGGCAUCUCGAAGAUGCAUUGUGGCACAGAUUCCCAGGGUGA